AUGCAGGGAGUAAUUCAUAGGAAUGUUAAACCUGGAAACUUCCUUUUCUCUCGCAAGGCCAAUAAAGACUAUCUUAUUGAUUUUAACCUUGCCAUGGAGCUGCAUCAGAAGUAUGGGAUUUCUAGCAAACUAAAGGUGGGGAAUGCUCUAAGCUUUGAUCAGGUCACACUUCCCAACACAAAAACUGCAUCUCCUACAAAAACUACGAUUCUCCCAAGUGCUAAAUCAAGGCCUAUCAAUCCAGAGCCAACAAAAGGCUCCAGGUCAACCUUAGAACCCAAGAACCUGAAAAGGAAGGUUGUGGACCAAAGAAAGACCUCCCAUUUCUUCAGUGGCAGUAUUGUAAAUAGUCGGGGUCCAUAUGGUUCUGGGGUGACCUCUGUCAAGGAAGUGACAAGUACUAGAACUCCCUCAGCAGCGAGGCCAAGAGAACCUUUUCCUCGUCAAGGUAGGAAGGAGUUAAUCAGCCUGUUGCAGGAAACAAUGCAAAGUCAAGUCAUGAAGCAUCAUGCUUUUCAGCUCCUAUGA